ACUUGCUGUGAAUUAGAGAGAGAGAAGUUGCGUUAGUCACUCUUGUGUACACUUCGUCGAAGUGAACUUGUGGCGUUCCAGGAAACUUUCCCCUAACUUCUUUCAUGUUCUAACUGUAGCAGGGCCAGUCGAACUCAAAAUGGCCAGGAGGAGAGACUACACGUAUAUUAGUCCGUGCAUAAAGUGGACUUUAUUUUUCUUCAACUUCUUGUUCUGGGUUUUUGGACUUCUCAUAAUUGCCAUUGGUUUGUAUGGAGUCGUCUUUACUGCACAAGAUCUUUAUGGUCUUAAGUCAGUAGAAAUUGCUUACAUUGUUAUAACAGACCUCAGUGGCGUAAUGGUUGCCUUAGGAAGUGUCAUCUUCAUAGUUUCAUUUGCUGGAUGUGUUGGUGCUUUAAGAGAAAAUCUUUGUCUCUUAAAAUUGUACUUUUGGUGUCUUACAAUCUUCCUUAUUGCUGAAUUGAUGUUUGCCAUUGCUUGCAUUAUUUUCCCGUGGAAGUCACGUGAAAUCCUUGAGUCUGUCCUGUCAAAGAGACUAAUUGAAGAAUAUAGGGAAAGCCAAAACACUCAGAACUUUGUAGAUUUCCUUCAGAGUGAGUUCCAUUGCUGUGGUAUAACAUCUGAGGGAUAUCAUGACUGGAAUUCAAAUGAGUAUUUUGAAUGUUCAGAAUUGAACCCAAGUGCAGAGGAAUGUGGCGUACCUCCAUCAUGUUGCAUCACUUACAAGAAAGAGAUGAAUUAUGACAUCAUGUGUGGAUAUGGAAUAAGGAAUGAAACAAAGAAACAUCAAAUUGGUAACGUAAUAUACACAACAGGGUGUGUUACAGCGGUCAUAAAUAGUCUGGAGUCCAAUCUUUACUGGGCAGCAGGAAUAAUUUUCGGAAUAACCUUGUUUCAGAUGUACGUAACCCAUCAAGCUCGAUCUCUCAUGGACCAGAUAGCACUACAGAGAGCUCGAUGGUACAGUGGUUCCUCGGCGUACGAAUGAUUCGUUAUUUGUAUUUUCACUAUAUGAAGUAAAAUUUUCUUAUAAUGUUUCCUAAAUGGUGUACAGCUGGCUUGAAAUUAGGGAGGAGAGAAAGUAUCCCCUUGAGGAAAUUGAAAAGGUUGCGGUAGGCAAAGAGAGAGAGAGAGAGAGAGAGAGAGAGAGAGAGAGAGAGAGAGAGAGAGAGAGAGAGAUCAGCGUCUGGAAGAUGUGAACAGAAUCCCUCACGAGAGCAUUUUAACAUAUUGUAGACAAAUGACAGAAUUUAAAAUUGUAAUCCAAUAAACAUGAGGAUUUUGCAAGCAAAUAGGUAAUACGUAAAAAAUGUAAGUAAGAAAAGGAAAGAUAUCAAAUAACUUUUUGCAAGGAAGUUAUUAAAGCAAACAAUCCAAGGCAUGCAGAAGGUGAACGUUGCCCUGUGUGUUUCAUAAUUAGGGGAUGAGUUACUUUUACAGUGCUAAAAAAUUGUAAAAAGCAGUGUCAAUAUUUUACUGUACAAAAAGAAGUGAUUCUGGUGAAUUGAGUGCAAGUGAAAGAAAUAGGCAAAAUGUUGUGAAAGAGAAAAAUCAUUGUAGCCUGGUCCCAGCUGGGAAGUCAGUGGGAAGCAGACCUCCAUCACCCACCCAAUAACCCCACUUCAUCCCCUCCGUCUCUUCUCGAUUGUCUCACUCAACGAAAGACUAGAUUUUUCAAUGUUACUGUAUUUCAUUUGAUUGUUUUUAUAUUGUGUCAUUGCUAAAUUUAUUGUGAAAUUCAUUGAUAGAAGAUUAUCCUGUGGUUAAGACCUCAGGUUUGUUAACUAUGAAAAAUACAAAUUGAUUGAAACGUUGUCAUUUUACAUAUGUACGGUAAUAUUUUUACUGUCUCUUCAACUCUCCUCCAUAGCAUAAACACUCCCUCCCUGUAUCUCAAGUCAGCUGUGUAUCACCGAUGUGACAUGAUUUUGUUCAUCUUAUAUAUUGAAUUUUGUUGUGAAGUGAAUUAUUCUUUUAUUUAUUUUGUUGAGUAUGGUUAUCAUUAAACUAUAGAUUGUGCUUGCACUUAUGAUAUUGUAUCAAAGUGGGUACAAAAGGUGGAAAUGGGUAAAAAUCUUUAUUGUGGGACAAAUUAAUUAAAAUUCCAUUAUUCCUUUUGGAAAUAUUUGGACCAGUAUACAAGCAUUUCAACAUACAAAUUGGAAUUUGGAAUAAAUAAAAUUUGCAUUUGGGGUUUUUCUUAUUUCUUUUAGAAUUUUUUUUUGAUUGCUUCUUAACUUCUUUCGCAGAAUUUUAAAGGCUCUCAGCUGUCUUUGUCUGGUUCCUAAAAUAUAUUUAAACAUUUUAUCUUUAUUUUGCUUCUUUUACAGUCUAGCAUUUAGACAGUUUCAACCGUAUUUAUAAUAAUCAGUUAUGAAGAAAUUAAAAUUUUUAUCGUAGGGAAAUACAGAUGUAGAUGAAUAAAUGAUGUAAAUAAUAUGAUAGAAUAUUAUCAAGUGCCUAAACUCUCACAACUCUUGUAGGUCCAUUGAUUCUUGAGGGGUUAGCCCCUGUGUUGCCAUUUUUUCUUAUUUUAAUUUAUUAGAUCUGACCCUGAGUAGGUUUAUUGUCCUGAGUGAAUUUAUAUGAUUUUUUGUAAGACAUGAAAUUAUCUGGAAUACAGUGUAUCAAAUUUCAUGUUAGUAUUAUGUUUUUAUUGGGUUUUAUGAAUAUUGAUAAUUUUUCUUUCUAUCUAGUACUAGUCAAAGUUUUGAAGGAGAAUCUUUGUAGAGGUGAUGCUUUCAACAAUUUUGAUAUUUGAAAAUUAAAAACAUUUUCAUUUUUGUAUUGUGAAAAAGAACAUCUUGAUAAGCUUGCUGGAAGUUUGCUAUAUUGAUUUUCCAGUAGUUUUAUGUCUUGGGCGUUUAUUCACUUUUUUGUUGUCCUUUUGUAAUACUGUGUUGAUGUCGUAGAAUAAUGAUGCUGGGGUGAGUUAAUUUUUCUUAUUUAAGAUUAUGCUGAAUAUGUUCGUCAGAAUACAAGAUUGUGCUGAAUAUGCUUGUCAGAAUACUAACAGUAACUCAAAUGUUAUGUCGGUUCAGUGUGAAUUAUGUCUUAUUCGUAUCUCCUGUGUAUUUAUAGAUUGUACAAACUUUUUUACUUAUGUGAAAUGCCAGGAAGGAAUGGUCCAUUAGAGUGCUUCAGUAAACAACAAAAAGUGAGAGUUAUUCUUAUUGGUGAGUAUUUCCUAGGUGCUAGGGGAAGUUGCCUUACCCCUUACAUCUUACCAUUCUUUAUUUGACUCAUAAAGUUGGUGGAUGAUUAUGGGAAAGUGAUAAAGUUGGUGGAUGAUUAUGGGAAAGUGAUAAAGUUGGUGGAUGAUUAUGGGAAAGUGCCUGUUGCCUUUCCAUUUUUUUAUGUCUUUGUAUCAAUUAAGAUUGCAUACAUAGAAGCUAAAAGCAUUAAACCUGAUAAAGUUACAUAGAAUUUGAGGAACUGACAGAUCAACCCCAAUUUCCUGUACACAGCAAGAGUGCCAUGUCUAUUUGAGACUGGAAAUCAAAUAUAUGGCUCAGCAUCAGACUCGCCAAUAAAAAGCUUAGAUUGGAUCACAAGUCCUCCCAGAAAGAAUCUGUAUAAGUAAAAAUUAGUGAACCUCCCCUUUUAAAUUUAGCAACAUUAGAUUUAGUAACUAAAAGUACGUACAAGGAAGCAUAUGUAAUGGACUUGAUAAAUAGAAACAACUCAGCUGAGUAAACUUAUGUGGAGUGUACUUUUAGUACGUGUAUAAAUUGCGUAUUUUGUAAAUGAAACUUCUCUGAUUGAGAAUGUACACUACCAUUAUUCUCUCAUAUUUGCUGCACCAAUUGCAUCAGCUCUGUAAUUGUUAAAACUGCUCCUUGUAACAGUUCCAAAAUUGUUUCUUGCAAGUAUAACAUGAGAUUUUGAUUGUAGAAGCAGUCCUCCAAACCACACUAAUAGGCAUUAAGCAUAAGAUGAAAGGAUGUAUUUACAGAUCAUGAUUUAUUUUAAUUUUUAGAACUGUUCGAUCCAUUUAGAGUAAUACAUAUUUUAUGUUUGCACAUUCCUUUUUUUUUUCUUUUAUUCUAUUAGCUUAAACAGUGUUUUGCCAGUCAAAUUGUAGAAGAUUGUCUUAUAGAUUACUUUUAUUAUACUGAUAUCACUGACACUCCCCACCUUAAAUUGGAUAUUUAUAGUGCUUAUAUAUGCAAACAGGCGAACAGUAUUUCCAUUUCUAUGAGCCAUGUUAGCCUUCUUUGCAACAGUGUCAGUAUACUGCAGUAUGCUUACAGUACAGUAUUAGGGAAGUAGGAGAGAAAAACUAAAGAAAGGGAAGCAACCAAUGAGAGUGCAGGAAAUCUCAUUGUACAGUAAUGAAGAUUCAGAGUAAAAUAAAAUAUUAAAAAACUCGGAACUGUAAGUAAAACUAUGACCAUAUGGAAAUAAAAUUUUAAAUAUUUGAACUGGGGUAUACAACAGCAACAGGCAAAAAAACUUCAAGCCAAAAGAGAUAAUUGUAAGCAAAGUUGUAAAAGGAAAUGAAAACAUCAAACAAAGAAGGGCCAGAUGAAAAAACAAGAACAAAAACUGCAGUAAGACUUAUACCUAAAAUCUAUUGGCAAAUUGUAUUAAUUUUUUGUGUGGCUUGCUGGGAUAAUUUUUAAAUUGCAAUGGUCCUGAGAUUUUGUACAAAAAAGGAUUAUGUGGCGUUAUUUAGAGUCGAUUAAUGUAUUCAAUAUAUUUUGUUUUAUGAAAGAAAAAGUGUCAUUUCUAACCUUUAUUAUUCCACUAAAUCACAAAGGACUUGUGUAUUCUUCCAUUAUUGCUUCUGUUUCCUAAUGCUGGUACACAUUGAGAGCUUAUCCAAGCCCUUUUACCUUACAGUUUGCUGACAUUGUCUUUGUAUUUCCUGUCAUGACAGUUGUUGAUAUAAAUUAAUAAUGUAUUGAGGUGUGAAGAAUGACAUAUUUUUAUAAUAUUAGUUUUAUUCUCUAAUUAUUUGUUUAUUUAGUCAUUUUAAGCAUGCCUUGUAUCUUAAUACUGUUCAUGGGCGUUGUAUCUGGAAAUUUUGUCUUGAGAAAUUGAUUUUGUAAAUAAUAUAGUUUUAGAAGUUUUCCUGUCCUGCUCAUUGUGGGGAGUGUCUGUGCUUCAUUGAAUUUUGUUUCAUGAUAUACUGUAUUUUAACAGGUCAGUAGUAUAUAUAUUUACGUAUAUAUAUAUUUUUUCUUGAAUAAGUAUUCAUGUUCUCCUUCAAAUCAAAAUUAAAAUCUGUUUGAUUUGGGUAUAAUGAUAAUAUUUUAUUUCCAAGCCAAGACCAAGCUAUGGGGUAUAUGCUUAUCUCAGGGCUUUUUAAACAGCUGCCAUUCCUACUUAUUUGUUUAUUUGUGAUGCUCAUAUUACUAUACAGUAUACUGGUUUCUGCUUCAAUGGAUAGUUGCAUACUUCAUCUUGUAAUUAAUUGCUAUGUGAUGUGAUUGUUUUACUAGAUUAUGCAUUAUGUCAACCGUUACAUAACCAAAUAAUUACAUUGUAUUUGUAUGGCAACAUGCUGAUGCUGAAUAAUGGAACAUUAUUUCACAUGUGACCUUUUUAACUAUAAGAAAAAUCCAGAUCUUUGAUUUUUCAUUUUUCCCAAAUUUUUGGAAUAGACUAUGAAAUUAUUAUAUUGUAAAGGAUUAUUUCAUCCAGACCUCUGGGCUGGUUGAUGGACUAGGAAGUGAAAUAGUUGGAUGUACUGAAUAUUAUUUCAAAAAGUUAUUCUUUCUUAGGUAAUUCUUAUUUAUUUUUUAUUAAAUAUACUUAAGUUUCAUGGAAUCCAUUAUCAGAAUAACAAGAUAAAUUUUUAAUGUUAGAAAAAAUGUAGAGCUAAAGUACAGAUCAAGGAGUUAAAGAUGUAGAAUUUGAACAUGUGUAACAUGUAAUGUUGGAAAUAUUUGAUUAGUUUUUAUUAGUUAUAGAUUGAUUGACUGAUCUUGAGGUAGCUUAACCAGACCAUUAGGUAUGAUUGAUAGAUCAGCUUAACCAGACCACUGUACCAAAAUUUCCACCACAUGUAAGGCUGACCCCAUGAAACUCCAAGGGGGAAAGCCCUGACUGAUCUGCUCAAAUCCACUUCAUUUAGAUGGUUUCAAUGAGAGUGAAUAGUGAGGGGUCUUUGUUUACUCUGUUUUCAGAUAUGGCGUUUGAGCCACACUUUCGUGCUGUGUAUUUUUGAAUGCAGGUUUGUUAGUGAGGAAUUUUUGUGCCAUGUGUGAUUGGGUGUAGCCCACUGUUAAUGACUUCUGUAUGGAUAUAAAAUUAGCUGAGCUGUUUGAGUCAGUUGUAAUUGUAUAUAUCAUUCAGGCAUCCCAGAUGCUUCUGGCAGUGGCUCUUGGUUGUGUAGAUUAGUUACUGUAUAGUAUUGUGUUAGUCUGAAACAUGGAAAGUUCAUAGUCUCAGUCAACAAAGAUCCUAGUAAGACUGGUCCUGUUGGUUACAGGUAGAAGAGGAGAUAAUGGCUUAAGAUUCUCCGUGUUUUCAUGGGAAUCUUUAUUUGGUACUAGCCCAGAUGACAAUGUACUGUCAGAAAAGUACCAAACCUGUUGGAUUAAUGCACUUUUCAUAAGAAAGCAUCACAUCUUGUGAUUUUGUUUCAUCAGUGAAUUAAGCACACUUAUUUCACCCAUAGAUAUUUGAUUUAUAUCCUACAUGAUGUAGUCCCUGUAUGUAGAAAAUGUAGUUUUACAUUUGCAUUUAAACAUUUUGUGUAUGGCCAGAAUUCAAACAGCAGCAAGCAUCAGUCUUGGUAAGAAAUCAGAUAAGGGAAUUUUGUCAAUCUUAUUUUCUGAUUAUCCAAAAAUUAAAUUUUAAAGUGGAAUAAGAUGAAAUUUCAGUUUUUAAGUUGGAAAUCUUUUGGGCUAGUGCCUGUAUUUUUACCGAAUAAAAAUGUGAAGAUACUUAUUUAAAGAAUUGAUAAAUAGGUUUUCUUUAUUUAGUCAAUAUAUUUUUUCAUGGUACAGAGCAACUAUUUUCUCCUUCAUAAUUUAGUCCUCAAGUGUAGUGCUUAAAUAUGUGGAUUAAUCAAUUUACCAGAUAAGGUAUAAACUAGAACUUUAUUAGUUGAUGCAUAAUAACUGAAACUGUCUUCUGUUAAUUUUUUGGUAAUAAAUUAUGAUGUUGAUGGGAGUUUCUUGGAGGGUAAUGUAGGGAGAUAACUUGUAACUCGUAAGUGAUAAUCUUUAAAAGUGUAAGGUCAUAAAGUGAGCAGAAAUUAAUAUAUUUAUUAGGAAUAAAUGUAAAAGCUUUUAGAAUGUGGAACUAAACUAGAUAAAACUUUGAUCUGUUUAUAUUGAACAGCAAAUUUAAAGGACGUAUGUGGCCUUAUAUCUAUUUGGCUUGAGCAUAUUUUUUUUAGGCAGUUGUGUUGUGCUCUUAAGGGGACUGUAAACUUCUAAUUAUGGUUUGUGGUCUGGUUAAACUGUCUUUGGAGCUAACAGAGCUUAAAUAUUACCCUUGUGCUUUGUCUUAGUUGUCUUGAUGUCUUGAACUAGUUGAAGACUUUUUGGAUGGAUUUUUUCAUGCACUGUUGUGUUAAGUGUGUUUGGCGUGUAGGCAGUUGCCUGCUUUGUUUUUUCAAUGAAAGAAUGUGGAUUAAAUAUUAAAAUUUUGCUAAUGUCCUUUGUGUUACAUAGGUCUAAAGUUCAAAUCUUGCUCAUGCUAUAUUUUAUUGCCAAGGUAGAUAAUCUUCAUUCAAUCUUUAUUCUUUUCAUUAAUGUGUGAUUAUUGAGGUUUGCCAUGCAUGGGAUUAUUUUAAUUGUUGUAUUAGUUAUUAAUUUAUGCCCUGUGUUUCUUUGUUUUUAUGUCAAUGUUACCCAAGGGGCCAAAUCAAAUUUUUUAAAUGUACAUGUGGCAUUCUGUAAAAGGUUUGCCAGUGCAUAAUUAUGUCUAGGAGCAUAUUCUAGCAGGACAACUCUUUGAACAAGCUGCUGAAAAGCUUUGGGGAGUCACCAAGUACUGUAACCCUAUAUGCUUCCCUAUAUGCUCUAUAUGCUUGAAAAUUGCUUUACGUGUCCCUGUGUAAGGGUAUUUUACCCUUACUCUAACACAAUAUAAAGUAUUUUACGUGUACUUUAACAAUUCACAAUUUUUUUUCUACUUUAAUGCAGCCAAAAGAACAUCAAUGUACACAACUUUUAGAUCUCAUAAUACUGUGACAGUAUACCACACACAGUCUAAUAUUGCCUGAUAGAAAAGAAAAACAUCAUGUUAAACAACAAGAUUAAAACGUUGGUAGCUUAAUUGGUAAGAUAUUUAAAGUCUUGAUGUAAGACUAUCAUAUGCAAAAGAAUAUUUUGUCUAUUAACUGUCAUUGUCAGAGUCGCUCCCUUCAUUAUCCAAAGUAGUAGGACUUUGCAUGACUACAGUUGUCGCUGAUCCCUGGCAAUGUUAAACAAUGAAGAAGGGAUGCUUCUCUUGCAGCACAGUUUCUGUUGAAGCCUCUCCGACAGCCUCAUGAAAUAUUGUUGGACAUCUGAUCUGGCCAUAAUGACCAGCCAUAAUUUGUGAAUGGUUCCAGAUCUGGCUGGGCAAUAUAGGUAGACUGUUUUGCUGGGCAGUGUAACCAGUGCUGGUCAUUUGACAUGCAACACAAGUGCAUCUUCGUUUGAGGUCAAGUUUUAGCAGUGUUGACUUGUUCAAAAACUUGUGACCUCUAAUGUUCCCCAGCUCAGUCCUUUUGUUCAAAAACUUGUGACCUCUUAUGUUCUCCAGCUCAGUCCCUUUGAAGUCUUCAUCUUUUCAAGUGUUUGCAACCACCAGCAGAUCUCUAGCAUGAUGGGAUCACAUCUGUUGGUGUGAAGUUUGAAGAACUCAGUUGUAUCUGUAAAUUCCUGAAGUUCUGAUAUUUCCACUUUUUUGUUGCAUCUCAGCCAUGUCUUCUUACCAGUGAAGAAAGGAAGCUGGUGAUAUUACAGUCAUUUAGGCGAUGGAUGAAGGGGAGUACUCUGCAAUAUGCUGGGCCCAGAGCAGAGUCUGUUGGAGAGGGUGAUCAGUGGAAGUUGUUCAUUUGCAAUGUGGUAACAGUUUUGCACAGAAAGCAGAGAACCAUAGAAGCCUUGCAUCAUCAUAUGCCUUUACCAAUAGUUGUGAAUGUUCAUACUGUCUUACAGGAUGUCAAAUUAGGGCCAAAUUAGGGACAUGUCUUCAACCCUGCCAUCAGAGGGUAUCUCUAGACUUACAAUAUUGCCAAUGCUUCUUAGUGAUCUAGAUCACUACAUGUCACUAGAAGAGAUAUGACAGUAGGGAAUGACACUGGCACUCUCAGGAAUACAGAGUUCCAUUAUCAUGUCUCCAGGUGACUUUGAAACUCUUGCAUCGUUAUCCCAUCUAACUUGGACAGUGGUUGGCUCAGGAUUUUCAUUAAUCAUUGUAGCAUUGAAACUGCCGCAUCCAGUGUCUUCUUUUGCCAGUCCAGUUGUCUAUUGUAAAGAUAUAUAGUGUUCUGUGGUUGCAACUCAGUGUGGCAGGGAUGAACUCACUAUACUUUUCAGCAUGUUGCAUAAUGUCUCACUCUCUUGUUGAUGAGCAACUAGCUGCUUAUUUUGUAGUAGACAGAAUAAGCUGUUGCAUUGCCAAGUGGUUACUGGGACAGUACUAGUGCCUUUUUUUUUAGUUGUCUGAGUAACUAACACCUAGUUCUGUAAGUCUUCAUUCUGUUGUAGUUCCCUUUUGUCUAAGAGGAUGGGGACAUUGAAAUUAAGAGAUAGUGGAAUCAUCUUAUUGCAAAUGACACAGGUGGUUUUGGCAUCAAUUGCUGGUACACUUUGGAUGCCAUUUGGGAGAUGUGUGUGUAGUCUGUUCCUCAUUGUUAAUUCUUACCCAUCUGGUUUUAGAAACU